AUGUCGAACCUACCCUCCCACGCCUCCCCGUCCUUUACGGCGCAAGCCGCACCCUCCCACUCCGUGGAAGAGCUCUCCAUUGGCACAGACCACACAAUAUCUUUGCCAUUGGGCAGCAGGGUAGACGAGCUCCGUGACAAUGCUGUCGACCAGUCUGACAGCACCGGUAGCGACCGAGGCGACCUGACCCCUGCCGUGCCUGCUUCACUCCUCUCCCCUUCCUUUACCCCUCCAGCUACCCCAGGGGGCACAUUCAACCCAACAAAGCUGCUUCAGCAGACCCAACAAUCUACGCAUACGAAAGCCCCGAAACUCCUUCCUUGUCUACCUGAAGUUGAAUGCAUCGUCCGCGCACGGAUUCCGACCACCACCGGUGCGGAAAUGUUCCUCCACCUCUACCACAAUGACCUGGACAACAAAGAACAUCUGGCAAUCGUGUUUGGGAACACUAUUCGAAGUCGGAGCCUGGACAAGGUUCGCCCUGGGGAAACGGAAAUGGAUCGUAUGAUACGUGGAGCCUACGUGGGCACAUUACACCCCGGUCGUGUGAGUAGUUGGUAUGACGAUGCAAACGCUGAAGGCGCAGCUGGAAAUCAAAGCCAUAGCAGAAUUACGGAUGGUGGCCCCGUAUCAGCAGAGACUACUUUGGCGCAAAGUUCGCCUAGCCAAGCGCCACUGGUGAGGAUACACUCUGAAUGCUAUACCGGAGAGACCGCUUGGUCUGCGCGCUGUGAUUGUGGUGAACAACUCGACGAGGCAGCGAGAUUGAUGUCCUUCCCCAUGGAGGAGCUGGCCGAGAUUGCAUCUCAGCAGGCUGUGCCUGUGCCUUCUAAUGCCUCGGGGGGAGUUAUUGUCUACCUGCGGCAGGAGGGCCGCGGAAUAGGCUUGGGGGAAAAACUCAAGGCCUACAACUUGCAGGAUCUUGGCUCAGACACGGUGGAAGCCAAUCUUCUCCUGCGACACCCUGCCGACGCCAGGAGCUACGGUCUGGCUACCGCCAUCUUGGUCGAUCUUGGCUUGGGCGAGGAUUCCAAUCCCCACGGCAUCCGGCUUCUUACAAACAACCCGGACAAGGUUCGAGCCAUCGAGGGAGCAAAUCGGGAGGUGGUAGUGAAAGAACGUGUGCCAAUGAUACCAUUGGCAUGGAGGUCGGGCGGAAAGCAGGGCAUCAAAAGUUUAGAGGUCGAGGGAUAUCUCAGGACAAAGAUUGCGAAGAUGGGACACAUGAUUGAGUAA